AUGGGCAAUUCGAUAGGUAUGACAAAUAUGACCAACGGUUUAACACCUGCUGUGAAUACUUCAAAUGCCGCCUCUGCCAUUGCUUCUACAGCAGUGAGUGGUGUUUCCUGUGCUGCUUCCUCCGGAAUGUUUCCUCGUGAUCCCACUACUUCCACUCCCAUUGAACACUCUGCCUCUGCGAUGUCUGCUCGCUCUGGUGGUGCUUUCUCUAGCCAUGGAGGCGCUUGGCAUUUGGUGCACAGGAUUACUGGUCAUCGUGAUGGCAUCUGGGAGGUAACGUCGUUUCGACGAAUUGUCGCCACUGCUUCAGCUGACAGCACGGUUAGAUUAUGGAUGAAUCAGGCGGUCAUGAAGUGA